ACAUUCCCUCGUUAGUCCCAGCCUCUUGCUGCUGAAUGCAGAUGCUGAGCUGCUGCUGGAUGGAGGGGAAGCAGGGUGAGCGGAGGAAACGUGUGGCUGGCAGCUCCCAGACGCUGUUCCCCAUGGAGUUCUCCCUGCCACCUCCUGUGACAGUGGCUCGCAGUUGAGAGAGUGAGAGACAGAGGGGGGGAGAGAGAGCGAGAGAGAGAGGGAGGGAGGGAGGGGAGGGGAGGGGGAAGUCUCAUCAAAUAUAGGUCGGUGACAGAGCAACUGCACAGACGUUUGGACGGUGAGCAUUCCUGCACACAUGGAUCUGUACAGAUGUGUCUUUGUUGGAUGGCUCGUAACUCUGCUGCCAGUUCCAUGUGACUCAUUCAACAUUGACACAAAAUGGCCACGAAUCAUCAAGGGGUCGGCAGAAGCACAGUUUGGUUACACCGUGCAGCAGCAUGAAGCCAGCGGGCAGAAGUGGCUCCUGGUCGGCGCGCCGUGGGCUGGCGUUGGAAAGCAGAAGACCGGCGAUGUGUACAGGUGUCCAGUGAAGAACCAGACGAGCUAUGGCUGUGGCAAACUGAACCUAGGAAGGGUAUCCCUCCCCUACGUAUCAGAGCACAAAGACAAAAUGCGGCUUGGGAUGACUUUGACCAGUAACCCCCAGGAUCACUCCUUUGUGACCUGCGGGCCGCUCUGGUCCCACGAGUGCGGAAGUUCCUACUACAGCACCGGCAUCUGCUGCAAGAUCAGCUCCAACUUCAAAAGUGCCCGAGCCUUCGCACCCACCAUCCAGCGUUGUGAGACGUACAUGGACAUUGUGAUAGUUCUGGAUGGUUCCAACAGCAUCUACCCUUGGUACGAGGUCCAGAACUUCCUAAUAAACAUUCUGAAGAAAUUUUACAUCGGACCAGGCCAGAUUCGGCUGGGAAUUGUACAAUACGGAGAGACUGCCGUUCAUGAGUUUGAGUUGAGGGACUACAAGUCUGUUACCGAUGUCGUCAAAGCAGCCAGGGGCAUCGAGCAACGCGGAGGAACCGAGACCAACACGGCGCACGGCAUCGAGAUUGCACGCUCAGAGGCGUUCAGCAGCAGUAGGGGGGCAAGGCAAGAAGCCAAGAAAGUAAUGAUCGUCAUAACCGACGGCGAGUCCCACGACAGCCCCCACCUGAAGCAAGUCAUCGAGGAUGCCGAGAGGGACAACAUCACCAGAUACGCCAUUGCGGUGCUUGGUUACUACAACCGCAGAGGAAUCAACCCAAGUGGCUUCCUGAAGGAGAUCAAGUCCAUCGCAAGCCACCCGGACGAGAAACAUUUCUUCAACGUCUCUGAUGAGUCGGCCCUGAAAGAUAUUGUGGAUGCUCUCGGAGCUCGGAUCUUCAGGCUGGAAGGGACUAAUAUUCAGAAUGAAACAUCCUUUCAGCUGGAAAUGUCACAAGCAGGAUUUUCGUCUCAUUUUGUCGAGGAUGGGAUACUGCUUGGAGCUGUGGGGGCCUAUGACUGGACAGGUACCGUCUUAAAGCAAACCAGUUAUGGCCGUGUGAUCCCUCCCAAGGAAGCCUACGAGAAGGAAUUUCCAGAGGAACUGAAGAACCACGGGGCCUAUCUUGGUUACACCGUUACCUCCGUGAUGCCGAGGUCGGGUAGGAGGUGGUACGUGUCAGGCGCUCCCAGGUUCAAUCACACCGGAAAGGUGAUUGUAUUCACCAUGAGGAAUAACGGGAAUGUCACCAUUCAACAGUCGCUGAAGGGCCAGCAGAUUGGAUCCUAUUUUGGGAGUGAGAUUGCUCCCGUGGACGUGAAUGCUGACGGAGUGACAGACAUUUUAUUGGUCGGUGCCCCGAUGUAUUUCAGCGACGGCAAAGAGAAGGGUAAAAUCUACGUCUAUUCCCUCCACAAGAGAGUUUUCAUUUUCAAUAGUUUUCUGGAAAUUACCGACACUUCCCAAAAUUCCCGCUUUGGCUCCGCAAUCGCUGCCGUUCGCGAUCUCAACCACGACUCGUUCAACGACGUGGUGGUGGGAGCGCCGCUGGAAGAUGACCAUCGUGGGGCUAUCUACGUGUUCCACGGAUUCGACAAGAACAUCCUGAAGGGCUACAAGCAGAGGAUCGGUGCCUCCGAGGUCAGUCCUGGCCUGCUCUACUUUGGCCGCAGCAUCCACGGACAGUUGGACAUGAAUGACGACGGGCUGGUGGACCUGGCAAUCGGUUCUCUUGGCAGCGCCAUUCAGCUAUGGUCUCGUAGCAUAAUCCAGGUCAACGCCAGCAUGAGAUUCGAACCAGCGAAGAUCAACAUCUUCAACAAGAACUGUCGGAGAAACGACAAAGAGUGCAGCUGUAUGACCAUGCUCAUCUGCUUUACAGUUACAGCCAAAACGCCUGGGCUUCAGAACAACACCUUGGCUAUUAUGUACAAUGUUUCCAUCAACGAACGAAGAUUCACACCCAGAGCGCUCUUUGAUGACAACUUUGAAAAGUACAUUCACAGCAACAUCAGCGUGGAACCCGAAUUGGAGACCUGCGACCAAUUCAACUUCCACGUCCUCGAUACAAUGGAUUAUGUGAAACCGAUAGGAUUCAUACUGGACUUUGGCCUUGUCGACCCCGAAUAUGGCCCAGUUUUGGAUGACGGAUGGCCAACAUCAACCAGAAGCACGCUCAGCUUCUGGAACGACUGUGGCGAGGACGAACACUGCGUUCCCGACCUGGUCAUACGAGCUCGCACUGGCAUUCACGGUUCCAGUCAGUUUCCCUUCACUGUUGAAGACACUCGGAGGAGGCUGACUCUGGAUGUCUGGCUGGAGAACAAGAGGGAGAACGCCUACAGCACCAUCCUCAACGUCACCUUCUCCAGGAACCUGCAGUUCGCAACUCUGGCACAGAAGGACGAAGCUGACGUGAGAAUUGACUGCAACGUUUUGGAAAAAUGGAACAACAGCAAAGUUUGCACCGUGGCUUACCCAGUGUUCCGCUCCCAAUCCAAGGUGGCCUUUCGCCUGGAGUUUGAGUUCAGCCGUUCCGUUUUCCUGGACAAUGUGGAGCUGACCCUGACUGCCAGCAGUGAUAGUGAAGAAGCGGAGGAAACUCUCCAGGACAACGUCUACCAUCUCCACGUUCCUGUGCAAUAUCAAGCAGAUCUCCUCCUCACUCGGAACUCCAGUCCACAUCUCUACGACUUGAAAUCAGUGGAAGAGCUGGAGGAAAAUGGAGAGUACGACCCUCCGUUUAACUUCACCUUCACGUUGCAGAAUCUGGGCCGAUUCACCAUUGGUCGCCUGGUGAUCAGGGUGACCGUUCCCACGACGACCAAAGGUAACAACCGCCUCCUGGUCCUGACCAACAACUCCACUGUUCCGGCUGAAGGAAUCCAGUGCAUCUUGACCAGUCAUUCAGAAGCGCCACACUGGCAACACCCUGGCGACCCAGUGUAUGCAGAGGACCUCAGGCACUUGGAAAAGCUGGAUGCUGGCAAUGCCAAGUGCACGCUCAUCAUGUGCGAAGUGAAGAAUUUUAAAAGUAACGAGGAGUACAUCAUUCAUGUUUCUGGAAGACUCUUGACUGAUUCACUAAAGACUCUCAGGUUUGGGUCACUGUUUCUUGUAACCACGGCAACACUGGACAUUCAGGAGCCCAAGGCCAUGUUUGUAAAAGAGGAGGGGAGGAUUCGGCAUAUAACGCUUCACAUGACCAAGCAGUGGGAGUCUGAGGUCCCACUUUGGAUUAUAAUUGGAAGCUCAUUAGGAGGGCUACUUCUCCUGGCCUUGCUCACUCUUGCUCUAUGGAAGCUGGGCUUUUUCCGAAGCGCGUAUCGCAGGAGGAAGGAAUCCUUGGCAGCUCCGAAUGGCUACGUCGGGCAUUUAAAAAAAGCAAAUCUCUGAAGCCCUCCCUGACUGAAGAGAAGAUGUGAAUUUGUUCAUCAACUCUGCGCUCAUGCAGACGGGCUCUGGUAGAUAAUUAUGUUGUUGCCCAAGAUCAGCACAACACCAGACACACCUUCUUGUACUCUUGUUUUCCCUUGACACCUCACACUUUAAUUGGUUUUCUAAGGUGCAAUAUACUGUAUUCCCCAGAGUAUCCGCCCCGUUGGGAAAUAUGUUUUAACAGGGGUGUGAUGCAGUUUACAUUUGUUUGUUUGGAAAGUUGAACUUUGACUUUGCUAAACGCUAGAAGCUUCAACAUUGCAACCACGGUGGUGGGAAGAGGCAAGGGUCGGGCUGUCUCCUUUUACAAGUUGUGCUUGCCCCCAUGACAGGCAAAUCAAAGCCAGCACACAUGGGGUCUUUUUAAAACAGUGGAAACUCAAUCAUUUGCAAAAUGCUUUUUUUUUUACCGAAUACUGGCCACCUGCCAUCUUUGCCCAAGGGAAUUUUAUUUAAGAUAAUGAGCAACAAUUUUACAGAAUUUACUGGUUGCAAAUCCUUAUAUGCGUUGGCCUGGGCACUGAAGGACAGGUACAGAUAUACUGUCUCAUCAUGCAUUUCCAUAACCCUCCAUACCAAGAGGGUCUGAUGCAGAUUCUCCAUCUGCUGCAGCAUGGUGGCGCAGUGGUCGAGUUGCUGCCUUACAUCGACAGAGACUUGGGUUCGGUCUCGACUAUGGGUGCUUCAUGGAAGGAAGUAGAGAGUGAUGGUGGAAGGUGAUUUUUGAGACUGGAGGCCUGUGACUAGUGGUUAGGGGUGCUCAUCUUAUUGCCAUUUGAGGUUUAUACCAGCAAUUUGGAUGAAAAUGUAGAAAGCACGCUCAGUAAGUUUGCAGAGGACACUAAGGUGGGUGGUAUUGUAUAGCGAAGAUGGUUAUGAAAUGCAGCAUAAAUCUUGAUCAGUUAGGCAAGUAGGCUGAGGAAUGAUUAAGCGUUUAAUGCAGAUAAGUGUGAGGUGUUGUGAAGUCACACCAGGACUGGGCCUUCACAGUGAGUGUCCAGACCCUGGAGAGUAUUGUAGAGCAGAGAGGUUUAAGCGUGCAGGCCCAGAGCACCUUGAAAGUGGCGUCACAGGUAGGUAGGGUGGUGAAGAAGGCUUUUGCCAUAUCGACCUUCAUCAGUGAGGUAUUGUGUACAGAAGUUAGGAUGUUAUGUUACAGUUGUACAAGAUGAUGGCAAGGCCACAUUUGGAGUAUUUUGUGUUAGUCUUGAUCAUCCUGAUCUAAGAAGAAUAUUGUUAAUCUGGAGAGAGUGCAGAGAUGAUUUACGAGGGUGUUGCCAGGUCUUGAGCUACAGGGAGAAGUUCGGAAGCUGGGACGAGAGAGUAAAUGCGCAGUAUUUUACCAGAAGUAGGAACAAGAGAACAUAGUUGUCGGAUGAGAGGGGGAAAGUUAGUCGGAAUCUGAGGGACAAACGUUUCACACAGAGGGGUGGUGGGCGUAUGGAACAAGUUCCCAGAGACGAGGCAGAGACUACAAAAGUAUUUAAAAAGACACUUGGGCAGGUCCAUGGAUUUAGAGGGAUUUGGGGCAAACACAGGCAGGUGGGUCAAGUGUAUAUGGGCUAUUUUGGUCGGAAAUGGCAAGUUGGGCCAAAGGGCCUGCUUCUAUGCUGUAUGACACGCAAGUAGGACAUCCUCUUACCACCUCAUUGUCUGUCUGAUUAGUGACUGCAUGUAAUAAGGGCCCCAAAUUUUGCACAUUAGCAAAUGGAAACAUCUCUGCACCUAUCUGUCAAACUCUUUCAACAUUUUAAAACUCUCUUCUAUUAGGAUGGAAGUAUCGACUUAUUCCACAGAUUAGCAAAGUCUGGCAGUGAAACUCCAAAGUAAUGGCACAGGACACCAUUUGCCCUAUUGAGUAUAGGCCAACCCCAGGAAGAACCAGUGCGACUAAUCCCAUUGCCGAUGGUCAGUAGGUCAAGUGGCCAUGCAGUCAGUUAUUGUGGCAUGGAUUUUCUGCCUCCACCACGCACUUCGGACCCCAUCACUCCUUUCCCUCAACUCCCCACUAAUCCUUUGACCGAUUACUUGAAAAUAACAUCCCUUAUAAUUGAACUUUCUCUCCCAAAUAAAAAACAAUGUUCUUAUUCACUCCAUCUAAUUCUUUAUAAUUAUAUACACCCCAAUAAAUCUUUCAGCCUCCACUGUUACAAAGCCCAGCUCUUCAAUCACUUAGCAUAAAUCUCCAUCCUUCUAGUAGAGUGGGACGAGUAUGCUAUCUGUGAACAUUGCUGUGUGAGAAAUCCUAUCUGAACCAUUAACCUAAUAUUGACUUCCUUGCUCUUUACUUCAACCAUUUUCUGAUAAUUCAGUUUAUCUGCAUUCCUAUUUUCUAUCGAACCCAUUCAGACGAUGUUGAACACCAACUUCAGAUAGAGAGGGUGAAUGGGUUGAAUAGCAAUAGUUAGAAUCAAACAAUAAAUCCCAUCCAGUUAUUUAAAGCUUCUAAAAACUGUCCUGAAAAGUCUGACUGACACUACAUUUUCAUCAAACAUAAUCAUACUCGAGAAAAGUUUCUGUGCUUUGACAUUUAGAUUCUGUAUUAUAUGUAAAACAACUCUUGUAUAUGUAAAUAUUUGGAAAGAAUUUGCCUUUGUAUUUCAGUGUUGAAGUUGUAAUUAUGCGUGACAAUGGACAGUUCCUCAAAGAAAAUGAGUUUUCCAUA